AUGGACGUUGACUACCCCCAGCCCUCUAGCGCCGCUGGCGUUGAUCAGGACGGUACUCCUAACGUCUUCGAUCAGCUUAUGACCCAAGCCAAGCAGGGCCAGCCGAUGAGCGUGGCUAUAACAGAGCCUCACUCCAUGCACUGGCUUCUCGAGAGAGAGAUCGCCAGCCUUCCCGCCUAUAUCAAGUCAAUUGACACCUCCCACCGCUAUCUCCCUCGUCUCGGCGAGAUUAUCCUUAUUGUUCGCAACCUCAAACCCAAGCAGACAGUCAAGUACGAUGAGCAGGCAGAGAUCUACAAGAUUGAGGACGAGCGUCUCGGCUAUGUUGGUCUGCCUCAGUGGGAGGCCGCAGUCGUCACCCAGGUAGACGGCAGGGCCUCCACUGCCGCGCUUCUCGACCAGAGCUCAUGCGCCGACAGCUUCCGCGUCGAGCCCAUGUCACAGGCUGGUAACUCGAACAAGGCCUGGUCUACUCGCUACAAGAACGUCAACCAUCUGCACAUGCGUCCUUUCUCUCUUUGGCAGGAGCUCCUGAAGGGCGCUGAUGUUGACGAUCCCCGCGAGUGUCACCCUACUGUUCGCAACGCCCUGGCCGCCAUGUCCUCGCUGUCUACUGUUGACCGCUUCCACUUCAGUUCCACUGGAAGCGAGGCCCGCGUCUACUGCAAGGGUUUCUACCUCGGCGCCGAAUUCAUCCUCAAGAACGACCUUGUUCGC